GAACAAGGUGCAUUAUCAAAGUUAUAUCCUGACCUUGAAGAACAAGGUGCAGUAUCAAAGUUAUAUCCUGACCUUGAACAGGCUGGUGUUGAAGAGAUAACCUCUGCUCCAAAAGAGCUUUCAAAGCUACCUGAUGCUGUUGAAGAUUUAUGGAAGAAUCUAGACUUUUUAGUCACAAAUGGCAAGUCUUCACCUAAACACUUUUCUUGUCGUCUUGACAUAGCGAAAGUUCAGUUUGCUCUUACUGGAGAACCAAAACUCAUUUCCAUUGAUGUAUUAAAAGAGAAGGAUAUCAAUCUGACUGUUUCUGAGGAAUGUCUUGAGGUUACUAUUACAAAUUUAGACAUUGAUAUUGAUGAGUCAAUGGAUUACAUUGAAAAGAUUUUCAAGAGCCAUAUUAUUAAUAACUUCAAGAGUAUAAAGUUGGAACCUAAUUCUCCAGAGCAAUGUUCUGCACUGCUAGCAUUGUCAAAAAAGGUGCCUGUUCUAGUAAAGCAUAAGAAAGUGGUAAUAUACAAAUGUACUGCCUCCAAUACGCUGAAUAUAGUAGGAGAAACAUUGCAUUUUCCAGUUCUUAUGAAAGAACUUGGACUUUCUAGCAAUGUUGAGGAGACUGUAACAAGCAGUGCCUCUCAAACACAACUUGAAAUAGACACUAAUUUAGAAGAAAGUUUAAUUUUAGGCUACACAGGAUUUGAGGGUUAUUUAAAAGAAAAGUAUCCUAAGAAAUGCACUGAAGUGGAUGUCAGUCAAAAACCUCCAAAGCUGAAGAUAACUUCUGUGGGUUUUAGCAUUGAAGAUGCUAAAGAAGAAAAGAAUAAGUUUCUAACAAGUAGUAAAAGGAAAAAAAUAAUGAUGAAUGAUCAACGGUGUUGUGAAUUGUUGUUCAAAGAUGAAAUAUAUCCAAAUGAAUCAGUAUACCUAUUUCUACAAGGCAAGCUAAGUGCAAAAAUGAAGUCCAAAAGAUCAGAACCAAAGUUUUGCAUAACCAAGUCUGAAAAUGGGGUUUAUGUGAAUUGCAGGGAUAACACUGAAUCAGAGAUGGCAAAAAUAAUUGAAGAGAAUAUUAUUUCUUGUCAAGCAAAGAUUUCCAGUACUAAAGCAUUCGAAGCACUGGAUAGAUGGGCCCGUUCCGAAAAGUUGAGGUAUUUAGAGAAGUCAUCAGGAAGUGUAGUACUGUGCUGUACAUCUGAUAUACAUAACAAGGUGCUAGAUGAUAUUUCUUCAGAUAGAGCAGAGGAAACAGAGAUUCCCGUUACAUUUCCAAGUUUAGUUGUUAAAUUUUUAAGAUCUGUAGGCAGUGAUCUCCUUCAGGAUAUUGAAGGAAAAUUUGGAGUACAGACUUCAUUUGAUGACUUGACACUAAAACUGAAAGGUCAUCCCAGCAAACUGGAGGACUGUAAAAGGUUUUUGAAUACAGAGAUACGAAAGUUAAGAAGAUCCUUACCACUUCAGCUUCCCAAGGAAUGUCUUGAAUCGAAACGUAAUGAUCUGGACAAAGCACUACAGAAGCAAGGAUGCUGCUGCCAAUUUCACUACAAAGGAAGAAAGAUGGCCAAAAUGCUGUCAAACUGUGAAUAUUUGGUCUCUUGGAUUGAUCCUAUCAGGCAGUUAAAGAUAACUGCAGUUAAGGGGUGUCCUUGGCACUUGGAUGUAGAUUUGCAGAUAGUCUUCACAAACCACUGUCUUUUUCCAGUGGAAGUGGAAAUUGUUCCUACAAAUGGUAAGAAAGCUUUGCUUAAACUUUAAAUCUCAAGAUAAAAUCUGAACACACUAUGAGCGAUAACUCCUCUUUAAGAAAUUUCAGAUAUGCAUAUGAUAGUUAUCCAAUGCAUAAUGAAAAUAAGUUUUCUAUUUAGCUCAAAUUUUGGGUAUGUUUAGUGUAUACACCUUUGGUGAAAUGGGCCUGGUGGUAAAUAAUAUAUUACAAGUAUAUGUUUCUAAAGUUCCACUUAUUAACAAUUGAUGUUUAUUAGUCCCCUACUGGUUGAAAACCAGUUUCGGGGACUAUAGGAAUGCGCUUUUCCGUCAUUCUGUCAUUCCGUCCGUCCGCAAUUUCGUGUCCGGUCCAUAACUCUUUUAUCCAUGAAGGGAUUUUAAUAUUACUUGGCACAAAUGUUCCCCAUGAUGAGACGAUGUGUCAUGCGCAAAACCCGGACCCCUAGCUUAAAGGUCAAGGUCACAAUUGGAGGUCAAAGGUCAACAGGGCUUUUUUCCUGUCCGGUCCAUAACUCUCCCAUCCAUGAAGGGAUUUUAAUAUCACUUGGCACAAUUGUACCUCGUAAUAAGAUGAUGUGUCAUGCACAACUUUGAGACCCCUAGCUCAAAGGUCAAGGUCACACUUAGCAGUCAAAUGUUAACAUGGCAUGAACAGGGUCUGUUUCGUGUCCGGUCCAUAACUCUUUCAUCCAUGAUGUGAUUUUAAUAUUAUUUGACACAAAUGUUCCCCAUGAUGAGACGACGUGUCAUGCACAAAACCCGCACCCCUAGCUCAAAGGUCAAGGUCACAAUUUGAGGUCAAAGGUCAACAGGGCUUUUUUCCUGUCUGGUCCAUAACUCUCCCAUCUAUGAAGGGAUUUUAAUAUCA